AGGGAGAGGAGGGGAGGGGGCCGGGGCCACCCGGGGCGGCGCUCGGGGCCGCGGUACAAAUAGAGCGGCUGCGGGUGGCCCCUGCAGCCAUGCGGGUCCCGCUACGCUCCGCACCCGCGCUGGUGCUCUGCGCCCUCGCCCUGCUCCGCUUGGGCUGCGCUCAAACCCGCGCAGCGCCCGGGGCACCCGCCCGCUCCCCGCCGCGCUGCCCCGCGCUGAUGCUGCAGCUCCUCCGCGCACCUCCCGCCCCGCUCCGCGCCGCCGCCGCCGCUGCCUUCAGCCUCUCCCCGCACGGCUCGGUGCAGAGCGGCUCCCGCUGGGCUCUCUCCUUCGACAUGUCCUCGCUGUCCAGCAGCCAGGAGGUGAACCUGGCCGAGCUCCGCAUCCUCCUGCCGCGGCUCUCCCCAUCCCACAACGUGUCCCUGGACAUCUACCACAGCCGACGGUGCCGGAGCGCCGGCCCCUGCCCUCACCAGCUCCUCCUGGGCUCCGUGUCUGGCAGCCCCUCUUCCAUCCAAGCCCCUUGGAAAGUGUUUGAGGUCACCACGCUGCUCCGCUCCUGGCUGCACCAAGACACAGCCCCUGGGUACCACACGGCAGCGGAGCAGUGGGAUGCGGGUGGUCCGGAUGCAGCCGUGAUGCACUCACCUGCCUUGAGUGAUGCCGGCCAUGGGGAUGCGAUGGACAGAGCCCUGCUGCUCGUGUUCUCCAAGGAUAAAUCACCGGGAGACCACAGCCUCAUCAGGACAGCGGAAACCUCCAAGCACGUCAUGCGUGAGAGCAGCAACCAGAGCAGCAUCCCAGGGAUGCGCCGGCAUCGCCGCACCAAGAAGGAGAAGCAAAGGAUCAAAGGGAGCGAUGCUGGCGCUGCUGUUGCAGGCGAGGAGGGCAGGCCCCUGUGCAGGAGGGUGGAUAUGAUGGUGGACUUCGAGCAGACCGGCUGGGGCAGCUGGAUCGUCUACCCCAAGAAGUACAACGCGUACCGGUGCGAAGGGCAGUGCCCAUCGCCCGUGGAUGAGACCUUCAAGCCCACCAACCAUGCAUACAUACAGAGUUUGCUGCAGCUCUACAAGCCCAACCAUGUGCCCUGCCCCGUGUGCGCCCCGGUCAGGAUGAGUCCCCUCUCCAUGCUCUACUAUGAGAAGGGGGAAAUCGUCGUCCGCCACCAUGAGGACAUGAUCAUCGAGGAGUGCGGCUGCAACUGAGGCUCAUCCCCUCUGCAAGGGGCACGGCUCUGCCCUGGAGGCAUCCCCAAGGACCCACCACAGGGACCGGGGUGCCUAUGGAGCGGGUUGGGGAAGCUCUGGCUGUGCCGGAGGAGGAGCGGGGUGUGCGGACGGCCUCGUGCAUGGAUGGAGCCAGGCUCUGCAUGGGAAGGGCCCUCGGCACCCCCCUGCAGCACCAGGGUGCUGGGUGCCCGGUGCUGGGUUAUCCACGUGCCAGGGCUGGUGCUGCUCCGCAGGCGCAGGGAUGGACUCGUGGGGCAUGGCUCCUGGGGACACAACAGGGAUCACGGCGGGGGGACAGUGCAUACACCAUCA